CUCUCCUCCCUCAGGACCGGAGGGGCAGGGAGCAUGGACCAAAGCUCGCUGCUCGGGCACCAUGACGCCCGUCCGCUUCGUGGUGGCUCUGAUUUUAGGGGCGCUCCCCGAAGUGGUCAGCUCUGACCCGGUCCUCCGUUAUCCCCUCCGCCACCGCCACCGCCACCCUCCCUUUCCGAGUCCCCAGUUUGCUUACUACCUCCCCACCCCGCAGCGGCCGCGGAGGACGCCCCUGUCCCCUCCGGCGCGCCCCCCGCGCCCCGCGCCGGCGCCCCGUGCGCAGAGCCCACUUGCCCUCCACGCGGGGCAAGCGACGCGGCCGGGCCCCGGGGGCUGCCCCGCCGGCCGGCCCUGGGUCAACGUGACGGACUUCGGCGCUCCGUGCCUGCGCUGGGCGGACGUGCCACCCCUCCUGGAGCGGUCGCCCCCGGCCGGCUGGGCUCCGCUGCGAGGGCAGCGCCACAACUUCUGCCGGAGCCCCGACGGUGCGGGCAGACCCUGGUGCUUCUACCGGAACGCUCGCGGCCGGGGGGACUGGGGCUACUGCGACUGCGGACACGGGUCAGUACGACUUCGCGGUGGCAAAAGUGCGUUUGAAGGCACAGUGGAAGUGUAUGCCCACGGCGCUUGGGGCACAGUCUGCGGCAGCCACUGGGAUGACCCUGAUGCCUCCGUUGUUUGUCACCAACUGCAGCUGGGAAGAAAAGGAAUAGCAAAGCAAGCCCCGUUUUCCGGUCUGGGCCUUAUUCCCAUUUACUGGAGCAAUGUCCGUUGCCGAGGAGAUGAAGAAAAUAUACUGCUUUGUGACAAAGACAUCUGGCAGGGUGGGGCAUGUCCUCAGAAGAUGGCAGCUGCUGUCACGUGCAGCUUUUCCCAUGGCCCAGCGUCCCCUGUCCUACGCCUUGUCGGUGGGAGCACCACACAUGAGGGCCGCGUGGAGGUCUACCAUGCUGGCCAGUGGGGGACCGUCUGUGACGACCAGUGGGACGCCGCCGAUGCAGAAGUGGUCUGCAGGCAGCUGGGCCUGAGCGGCAUGGCCAAAGCGUGGCCUCAGGCGCGUUUUGGCGAAGGAACCGGCCCGGUGAUGCUGGAUGAAGUGCGCUGCACGGGCAAUGAGCUUUCUAUUGAGCAGUGUCCAAAAAGCUCCUGGGGCGAGCAUAACUGUGGCCACAGGGAAGAUGCUGGCGUGUCCUGCACCCCUCUAACGGAUGGAGUCCUCAGACUUGCAGGCGGGAAAGACAGCCAUGAGGGUCACUUGGAGGUGUAUUACCGGGGACAGUGGGGGACCGUCUGUGAUGAUGGCUGGACUGAGCUGAAUACGUAUGUGGUUUGCCGACAGCUGGGAUUUAAAUAUGGCAAACAAGUGUCUGCAAACCACUUUGAAGAAAGCAGAGGGCCCAUAUGGUUGGAUGAUGUCAGCUGCUCAGGAAGGGAAGCCAGUUUCCUUCAGUGUCCCAGGCCACAGUGGGGACGGCAUGACUGCAGCCAUCGGGAAGACGUGGGCAUCGCCUGCUACCCCGGCGGCGAGGGACACAGGCUCUCCCUGGGUUUUCCUAUCAGACUGAUGGAUGGAGAAAGUAAGAAAGAAGGCCGAGUGGAGGUUUUCAUCAACGGCCAGUGGGGAACAGUCUGUGAUGACGGGUGGACAGACAAGGAUGCUGCUGUGGUCUGCCGACAGCUUGGCUACAAAUGCAUGACUGAUUUUCUUCGUCCUCUAACGCGCUCUGCUUCCAGGGGUGCUGCCCGAGCCAGGACCAUGGCGUAUUUCGGGGAGGGGAAAGGACCCAUCCACGUGGACAACGUGAAGUGCACAGGAAACGAGAGGUCCCUGGCUGACUGUAUCAAAGAUGAUAUUGGGAGACACAAUUGCCGCCACAGUGAAGACGCAGGCGUUAUUUGUGACUAUGUUGGCAAGAAACCAUCAGGUAACGGUAAUAAAGAGCCCCUGUCGUCUGUCUGUGGCUUGAGGCUCCGGCACCGUCGACAGAAGCGUAUCAUUGGUGGGGAGAAUUCUUUAAGGGGUGGUUGGCCAUGGCAGGUGUCACUGCGGCUGAAGUCAUCCCACGGGGACGGCAGGCUCCUUUGUGGGGCCACGCUCCUGAGUAGCUGCUGGGUCCUCACGGCAGCACACUGCUUCAAGAGGUACGGGAACAGCACGCGGAGCUACGCUGUCCGGGUUGGGGACUACCAUACUCUGGUGCCCGAGGAGUUUGAGGAGGAAGUCGGAGUUCAACAGAUCGUCCUCCAUCGGGCGUACCGGCCGGACAGCAGCGACUACGACAUCGCCCUGGUCAGACUGCAGGGGCCGGACGGGCAGUGUGCCAGGUUCAGCAGCCACGUUCUGCCAGCCUGUCUGCCAGCCUGGAGAGAGAGGCCACAGAAGACAGCCUCCAAUUGUCACAUCACAGGCUGGGGAGACACAGGACGAGCCUAUUCCAGAACUCUGCAACAAGCAGCCAUCCCCUUACUUCCCAAGCGGUUUUGUGAAGAACGCUAUAAGGGUCGGUUUACAGGAAGGAUGCUCUGCGCUGGAAAUCUCCGUGAACUCAGACGUGUGGACAGCUGCCAGGGAGACAGCGGAGGACCCCUCAUGUGUGAGCGGCCGGGAGCCAGCUGGGUUGUGUAUGGGGUGACCUCCUGGGGCUAUGGCUGUGGAGUCAAGGAUUCACCUGGUGUUUACACCAAAGUGUCAGCCUUUGUACCUUGGAUAAAAAGCGUCACCAAACUGUAACUCAUGGAAACCUCAAGAAAAUAGUACUUAAAGAAUCUGUUGGAAAACUUUCAACCUUCACAUUAGUCCUCAGCCAGAGAUGCCAGCUAAUGGGGCCCGAGGUCCAUGUUUGUGCUUUAUGUUGUGAUACAAAUGGAGUACUACGCCCGUCUGAUGUGGUGAGAAUUUGUGAUGUGACAUUUGUGGUAGAUACCUCAGUGUGGUCCUGAUUAUCCUGUGAGCAUCAUUGCCUCCCCAGACUCCAUUCUUUCUUCUCAUUGAACCUUCUCCCUUCUGCCUAUUUCUCAGCAUUCUCUGGAGACUGUAUAUAUUGAUCGUGCAAAAAGGCUUUUUUACAUUGGGAUUGAGAACUCCUUAUAAUUGAAUCAGUGAAUAUAUGAAUUCAUAUUGAGUGCCCAUAUUUGACAUAAAAAAUACCCAUUACUACACUCAAAAUAGGCACUGUUUUCUGUUUACCUAAUUUUCAGCUCAGAUUGUUUUCCCAAAGGCUGACAAGAAAUCUUCACGCAUCAAAUCUCUGUAGCCUUUGUCAGGUGAGAAAAUCAUGGGCCAAAGAGGUAACGGAAUCCUACAAACCUGGACUGGGAUAGGACCAGUCAGAAUACAUUCCUGAACGAAGCCUCUGCACCAAGCACUACAGCAGUCACGAGAAGAGCAGUCUACCGUGUAUGUUACUAGCAAAAUCUGAAAGGAUUCCUGAAAACACAACAAAUAACCCCUUCCAGUUGUUGGAUGCACAACCUAAUUUAUCCACCCUUUUGUUGAUAUUUCUCUGGUUACUUGUAACCACUUGAUUUAAAACUUGGUCAAAAAGUUUUGCUUUUUGCUUGUUCCGUAGCAUCAUGCUAUUUUCUGGACCAUGACAUUAGAGUGCCAUCUAUUGCAACUUCACAGUAAUUUAUUUAAACCUAUCGAUUCCUAAGCCUAGCCCAGCAGUCUCAUCUGAUAAAAAUACACUAUUAAAAAUGUUUGCCCUGUCCACACAGUGGGUAAAUGCUCUCAAAUAAGUGUUGCCAAAAGGGUAAGGAAUAGCUGCCUACCACGGACCCUCAUGGGAUAUUCUUGGUGGCAGAGUGAAAUCUUUGCCCACACAGAAAGGUGUGCCCCUCAGGAUACCCAAGUAAUCCUGUUCAGAUGUGACAAUGCUUGAUGAGUCCUGCCCCAAAUCCUGGGUGGUUUAAACAAUUCUCACAUAGCCAAGGCAUAGAUGCAUGGAAACAGGUGAAUAGGUCAGCAAGAAUUUUAGGGUUAGAUAAUACUUUCAAGGAGGGACUUUACUCCUUUCCCUUCUGCACCAAAUUGUGUCCUCUUUGUAAAAAACUGGUGCUAACCAACGGUGCUUUGCUUUCUAGUUUACAACUCUGCAGAAAUGCAUUGCCAAGUCAGGUAGAAUAACAUUAAAACUUUUCUAAAAGCUCAUGAUUUUGAUAAAGGGAACUUUUCAAGCAUUUACAUCUAGAAAUGAUAUAACUACAGUGCACACUUGCUCAAGGGCUUGAGAAAAACAUGCAAUACAGUUUAAAAACAGGCUGCCCUUAUAAUUAAACUACAAAGCCAGUACAAGUAACACUUAUAUUCAAAUUUGAACUCACCCAGGUUGACAAACUUACGACAGUCAACAGGUGGCAUACUUGAAGUAUUUGCUUCACAAAAUAUGCCUUUAUUCUACCUAAUUUGUUAAACGUGUGACUUUUAUAAGAUGUGUAAAUAAAGCGCAUAGCCUUAAUAGCUGCCUUAA